AUGGUGAUCAACCCGACAUAUCUUGCGCAGCGGACGCGGUCUUCUGUAAACUGGAACGAUGCGAAGUCGAGGGUGCUGAGCAGUUAUCGGGACUGGCUACGGGCGGGCCCAGAAAWUCAACAAAUGUACUCCCUCAAUAUGCCAGUUUCGGCAAUCCGAACCAAGAUUCGGCAGGAGUUUGAGCGGCAUCGAUAUGUGUCAAAGCUCAAAACCACAGAUGUUCUGCUCUUCAACAGUCAUGCAGAGUUUCAGGAGACACUCAAUUUCUGGAAGCAGCUCACACAUGUACUCAAGUACUUCCGCGCAGAAGAGGAGCCCAAGGCACAACUGCCAAAGAACUUCAUCCAGGGUUUCAUCGAGGUGAGUUUGCAAGUUGAGUAA